GUGUUUUCGCUGCUUUGUGAUGAGGAGCUGAUGAUCAGAUGAUGGCGCCUUCUAAGAUGAAGCUGCGUGUGAGGAAGAGAGACAGCGCUGGCAAAUCUUCCCAGCGUUUAUUGGCCAAUGCGUCGCCUGAUUCCAAAUGCCCCAUCUGCCUCGAUGGCUUCAACAACGUGGCGUCGCUGGACCGCUGCCUGCACCAGUUCUGUUUCCGCUGCAUCCAAGAGUGGUCCAAGAACAAAGCCGAGUGUCCGCUCUGUAAGCAGCCCUUCCACUCCAUAUUCCACUCCGUCAAAGGGGAAAACGACUUUAAGGAGUUCGUGCUGCGGCCGCCGGAGAACGGAGCGCCUGCGAACGCCGAUCCGUAUGAGCGCGUGCUCCGCCCCCGAGUUCUCAGAAGCCGGGAGAGGCGGAGCCACAGAGCGCAAAACCCCGCCCCUUCCUCCUCCCCUCCGCUAGAGGAUGCUGUCAUGUUCGACGGCCUGGCGGACGCAGCGGCGCUCGUGCAGAACCAAGACGUGCAGCAGAUGGUGCUGCGACUGACGGCGCGCAGACAUGGGCGGAGCCUGCGGCGCUUGUGCGACCAAGACGUGGUUGCGUUCCGCCGUGCGCUUUACAGGACUGGCGUACGCGUGCGCAACACGCGGGACGCCGGCAGGCAGAGGGACAUUUCGGCCGCGUUCUUGCGACAAAACCCUGGCUGCCUGCGGCGACUGUUGCCUUGGCUACAGCGCGAGCUCACUGUGUUGUAUGGUUUGCACGGCUCGCUGGUGAACAUCGUGCAGAACAUCAUCAUCUCGCGCAUCAUGAACUACAACAUGGAGGACACGGCCAUCCGAGACGAGCUCCGCCCCUUCCUGCUGGCGCGCACCGACCACUUCCUGCACGAACUGGUGAGCUUCGCCCGCUCCACCCUCAACAUGGAGGCGUACGACCAGCAGGCCGUUUACGACUGUCCCGCUCCCAGCUACGAGGAGGGCAGCAGCUCGGACCUUUCUGUUAUCGCCAUCUCCGAGGACGAAGACGAUAAUGACAGUGAGGACAAUGUCACAGAGAAUCCCUCUGCUGUCCAGGAACGCCUUGCAUCCGUUGCCACGGCAAGUGGAGCGGAAAGUUUGCCAAGUCAGUCAGCGUGGGAUGAUGCAACGCCUGGUCCGUCCUAUUCAACCCUCCUCCCCUCUUCCAGCCCAACGCAGGGCGAGGGGGCAGAGCCAAGCUCAAGCACAGCCCCUCCCCUCAGCGCCCUGGAUAAGACUGACCCUCUGGCGAGUGGCAGCGUGUCAGCUGGACCGGGUGAAGAUGACGAAGAGGAAGAGUGCCUAAUUGUGGGAUACGUGAAACCGAUGGCCGAACGGACCCCAGAACUUGUUCAGCUCUCCUCAGAUUCGUCAGAAGAGGAGCAAGAGCCAGCCGCCACCGAGACAGCGGCCUCAGUAAUGAAAUCAGAGGAAUCCCAAGUGCAGCUCCCAUCACAGUCACACAUGAACCCGCUUAGUCCUAGUUCCUUCCCAGGCCCUGCUCCCUUGUGCAGUCCACAGCAUUUACUCUCGAAUGGAGUCGGGUCACACAGCAGAGAACAAGAGGCCGACUACUUGUCCUUCCAUGGUCACCAGUCCAAAGAUGGUUCACGGUCACAUUCACGGCAGAGUCGAGAUGACUCCAGGUUCAGAGGUCACAGGAGGCAUCGAAGUCAUCGGUGCUCUGGCAGCAAAGAGAAGGAUAAGAGUUUAGAACAAUCACGGCGUGCCGAGACCCCAGAUUGCUCGCCAAGCCAAACACAGAGCUGGACACAAAGCCCAGCAGUGUCCGUUCGGAGCGGUAGCCCCGCCUUUAUGUCGCACAGUAGCGACUGCUCUCCCUCCCGAAACAACAGCGACAGGAGUGGAGAGCAAUCGCACCAUGCGAGUGAGAGAUUCUCGCACUGUCCUUCCUACUCCAGAAGCAGAAAAACCAAGGAAAGGAGGAGUAGGUCACCCGACUCUGAUUCGUUCCUUGGCUCCCACCAUCCCCGUGAGGCACAGCGUUGUCGUAAACGCCGCAGGCGGUCUGUUAGCAGCAGCAGCGCUGAUUUGCACUCCGAAAGAUCCUGCUUAGACAAACCCAGUGGCAAACGCAAGUACAAAACCCGGCACUUGGAGCGAGCAGCCCAGCGGCAGCACAAGGAGGGAACCGCAACCAAGGAAAAGCGGCACAGAGAACGGCGGCACAGCAGGGAACGAUCUCCAAGUGUGGAGAUCAUCUACGAACGAAGGGCGCCCGACCCACACUGGGUCCAGCGGAGGAAGAGGAGGCACCGGAAGCGAAGGAGGGAACUGCGUUCACCCACUGUGAUCACAAUAGAUAGCGACAGCGACCGUACCAUCGACUGUCUAGACCGCGUCUUGGAUGUUCUAGACCAAACCGCUGCUGAUGUCGAGCAAAGGGAUGGGAGUCCUGAGCAAGAUUCCAUCCAGAAUGCAAGUUGUACCUUGGACUCUUCAAAUCCUCUGUCUGAGCCCUCGAGUCCCAUGGGCCGCAGUGACCCAACCACUCAACGCACACUAAACCUGGACGACUGUGUGGUGGAUGUAGUCGACCACAGUAGUUCUGACUGCUCCAGAAAUAUGGGUGCCAGUAACCACAAAGAGUUUAUGCCUUUCCCAAGGGCUUCGAUAAUAACAGCCCCACCUUUGGAUGUGAGGCUGCUGGAAACCAUACUGCAAGAUCUUGUGGAUUUCCUACCGGGGGCAGAGCAGGAAAUGUAACAGAGUCCUCGUGCGAGUUCUCCCGGCCAACAGGAACCCGCUUCUAGCCAACAAAGAGACCAAGCAGAGAUGAUAGGAGAUGCCGAAAGCUUAGAGAACGAGAAAACAGAUGGCGACGGACCACAAAAGACGGCAACCAACACUGCUAGCUAGAACUAAAAUAGACUUUUUCUUACAGACACAUGCUUGUCUGAUGCUUAUCUGAAUCACUCAGCCUCUAGACGUUUUUAUAAACUCAUUUAAAGAUUGAAUUACUGCUGGAAAUGGAUGCUUAAGAAACAUUCAAACAAUGUUUUUUGUCAAUUUGAACAUCAUUAUUAUUGUUCAUGUUGUAUUUAUAGUUACAGUGAUCCUUUUCCUCGAAUCUGGUGCUGACUCACUGUACCACAACCCAACGACGAUCAUGUCUGGAUGGCAACCCUGGUUCCACUAACCAUAACCCUAGUAGCAGCAAAUACAUGGGGGUUACCAUCUAAACUAUUGGUUCUCGGCUUGUUUGCUUCAAGACCCAGAUUGUUUGACAAGACGCAGGGCCUUUGACAAAUGGAACAAAAAAUAUAGGAAAUGUUAUUUUGCUAUCCUACACUCUCAGAAAUAAAUGUGCAAAACUUGUACCUUUUGACGUACAACAGAUUGCCACUGGGGCAGUACCCUUAAAAAGAAUUUUUUUUACCUUUAUUUACCCUUAAAAGGGUUUUAGU